AUGUCCCACACAAACAUCCUCAUCACCGGCGGCUGCGGCUUCCUAGGAACGUCCCUCAUCUCCGCCCUCCUCGCCACAAACCGCUACUCCAUCACCGCAAUCGACAUCACCCCACCUUCCCUUGGCACCCGCACCUUCCCCACCACCGUGCGCUAUGUGCGCGCCGACGUUCUGGACCCCUCUGCCCUUGCAACCGUCUUCGCCGAAGCCCAGCCCGCGAUUGUGAUCCAUGCCGUUGGCGUAUUCCCCGUCGGCGUUGCGAGGUACAGCAUGAAGGGUAAAGAUGCGGUGUUCAAAGUCAACGUCGAGGGCACGCGGAAUGUUGUAAAUGCCUCGCGCGAGUGUGGGGCGAGGGGCCUGGUGUAUACGAGCAGCACCACCGUCGUCGUCGACGAUCUCGCAAAUGAUUUCCGCAAUGUGGAUGAAAAUUGGCCCGCGGGGAAUGUGGAUACGAGUUACGGGCAGAGUAAAGCGCUGGCGGAAGAGGCUGUGCUUGCUGCGAAUGACGAGGCGUUCAAAACGUGUGUUUUGCGUGUGGCGCCGAUGUUUGGAGAGAACGAUACCUUAUUCAUACCGACGGUGCAUGGGUUGAUCGCGGCGGGGCAGACGGCCUUUGUCAUUGGGACGGCGGAGAAUUUGCAGGAUUUUGUGUAUGUGGGGAAUGCAGCAGAUGCACAUGUCCUUGCUGUUGCGAACUUGUUGAACUCUCAGACUGUGGCAGGAGAGGCACUGUUUAUAUCUAAUGGCGAGCCGAUAUCGUUGAGGGAUUUGUGUCUGGCGAUUUGGAAGGAGUUUGGGCAUGUGCCAAAAUACAGUGUUCGGAUACCCGAGGGCAUGGCGUGGUGGAUUGCGGUGAUCACGGAGGUGGCAGGCUGGGUGACGGGGAUUGAGGGCACAUUGAGCGGGACGGUUGCUGGGAUAUCGUCCGCGAGUUGGGCUGGUGGAGGCGGUGAAAAUCAGUUGCGAGCAUUAUCAGAAAAGGAUCCAAAGUCGUUCGGUCGUAUCAAGAAAUGCAGAAGAGUGGAGAUGACGUAUUUUGACGGGAUGCAGCUCUAUCGCUCAGUCCGCAUCUACCGCUGA